CGCCUCCGGAGCGUGGUGAAGAACCAGCCGGUGGAUCCUGGCUGGGCGCGGGCGAGAGGUGUGGGUCCCGCCUGCCAGCCAGAGGAGCUGCGUGCGGGUCCCCUCUGGACAUACCUUCACCUGUCAAUAACGGCUGAGAAGAGAAGGAAAAUUGUGUGUAUCACCUGCGGUUCACUUGUGCACUUGGUGAUUAUGAGGCUGUUUCUGAGAUGGACCGAGCUCUUGCUCACAGAUUCAUGGUCACUCGUACUUAUUCUGUUUUUUGUGCAACACACAUGUGGGAGUGGCAAGAAAUAUGUUGGUCCUUGCGGAGGAAGAGAUUGCUCAGUUUGCCUGUGUUUUCCUGAGAAGGGGACUAGGGGCCCACCGGGACCACUGGGGCCUCAGGGUCCCAUAGGGCCCCUGGGACCCCCAGGGCCCACUGGGAUUCCAGGAGAAAAAGGACUGAGGGGUGACGCUGGCCCUCCUGGAGUGGUGGGGGAGAAAGGAGACAAGGGUCCAACUGGCAUUCCCGGAUUUCCAGGUUUGGGCGGAAUACCUGGCCACCCAGGGCCUCCUGGAUCCAGAGGAAAACCUGGCUUGAAUGGCUACAAUGGAUCAAGAGGUGAUCCAGGAUUUCCAGGAGAAAGGGGAGCGCCAGGCCCUGGAGGCCCCCCUGGUCUUCCUGGAGAACGUGGUGAAAAAGGAAAUUCAGUGUUCAUUGAUGGUGCCAGUAAAGGCAUUCAGGGAGAUCCAGGGGACCCAGGACCACCCGGCUUACCAGGACCUCGAGGUGCACCAGGACCAGUGGGGCCCAGGGGCUACCCCGGUGCAGCCGGGCUCACGGGACCUCCAGGGCAUCCUGGCAGCGCAGGGUUGAAGGGCAAUCCUGGUGUGGGCGUGAAAGGACAAAUGGGAGACCCGGGUGAAGUUGGCCAGCAAGGUUUUCCUGGGCCCACUCUAUUGAUAGAACCACCUGACUCUUCUCUCUUUAAAGGAGAAAAGGGUAUAAAAGGACUUCCUGGAAUGAUUGGAUCGCCAGGACCACCGGGACCCAAGGGAGAAUCUGGUUUUGGGAUAAAAGGUGAGAAAGGUCUUCCUGGAUUCCCAGGACCUCGGGGUGUUCCUGGCUCCCACGGGUCACCUGGUUUCCCAGGAUUAAAGGGAGAACAAGGACAGGCUGGAGAGCCCGGGCUAUUUGGAUUUCGUGGCCCAAAGGGGGACCCUGGAGAACGUGGACUCCCAGGACCACCAGGCAUUUUAGUAACUCCGCCCGUUCCUCUUAAAGGUCCUAUGGGGGACCCAGGAUGUCCAGGCCCCCAAGGAGAAAUGGGGGCCAUUGGAUCACCAGGUCCUCCAGGCGCCCCAGGCAUACCAGGCAUAGCUUGUCCAGGUACGAUGGGGCCUCCCGGGCCACUGGGGUUGCCUGGUCCCCCAGGCCUUCCAGGGGCAGCCGGUGUUCCUGGGAGACCAGAUUCAGCCCCUGGCAAACCAGGGCAGCCAGGGCCACCUGGCCUUCCCGGAGCCCCGGGGCUGCCCGGACCUCCAGGAUCCGAUGUACCCCAUUGCAGCCUUGGGUACCCUGGACCACCUGGAAUGAAAGGCACAAUGGGUCCCCCAGGAAGAAGAGGCUCAAAAGGAGAGAAAGGAAACCAAGGACUCUGUUCCUGCAAACCUGGCCCCAUGGGCCCCCGGGGGCCCCCAGGGCCUCAUGGGAAGCAAGGGAGUAAAGGAGACCCAGGGCUCCCUGGCUGGCUUGGAGAAAAAGGUGAUCCAGGCCCACUUGGUGCGGAAGGAUCUCCAGGGCCCCCAGGGAAACCUGGUGCCUCAGGACCCCCUGGCCAAAAAGGAACAAAGGGUGACAUGGUUGUCGCACGAUUUAAAGGGAUCAAAGGAGAAAGAGGACCUGAUGGACCCCCAGGAUUUCCAGGGCAGCCAGGACAACACGGUCAAGAUGGACGUGGUGGAGAGACAGGGGAUCCGGGACCCCCAGGGGGUCACGAAGAUGCAAUCCCAGGUGCUAAAGGGCUUCCUGGACCACCAGGCCCUCCAGGGAAACCAGGACCCAUAGGGCCUCCAGGGCUUGGAUACCCUGGUCCACCGGGAGAGAGAGGAAAGCCAGGACUGCCCGGCCACCCGGGUGCAAGGGGCCCUGAUGGAGCCAAGGGGCAGAAAGGUGACAGCAUUCUUUGUAAUGUGACUUACUUUGGGAAGCCUGGUCCUCCAGGUUUUGAUGGACCUCCAGGUCUGAAGGGAUUUCCUGGUGCCCCGGGCGCUCCUGGGAGGAGGUGUUUGGAUGGACAGAAAGGCCAGCGGGGCAAACCAGGAGCGUCAGAAACUCCAGGCCCACCUGGCUUACGUGGUGACAUGGGAGACCCAGGUUUUGGAGGGGAAAAGGGAUUCUCACCUGCUGGACCCCCAGGCCCUCCUGGGCCACGUGGAGUAGAUGGCCAGAAAGGAAUCCCAGGAGACUCUGCAUUUGGUCACCCAGGACCCCCUGGAAAUAGGGGUCUUCCAGGAGUGCCAGGGGUGAAGGGAGCCAGAGGUCACUCAGGACGUCCGGGGGCUGAAGGAGCAGCUGGCAUUCCGGGAUCCCCAGGUCUCCAAGGUCCCAAGGGCAGAGAGGGAAGUGCUGGCUUCCCAGGCAUCCCAGGCCCACCUGGCCAUUCCUGUAGAAAAGGCGCUUCCGGCAUCCCAGGCCAGCCAGGGCUUCCUGGGGCUCCUGGUAGUCCAGGUGCCCCAGGUUGGAAAGGUCAGAGAGGGCCUUCUGGAUCGGCUGGAAUGAAGGGCUUCCCUGGCCCCCCAGGACUGCCAGGAGCUGAUGGAUUCCCAGGACCUCCAGGAAUCCCAGGCCCCUUUGGGGAAGAUGGGUUACCUGGUCUUCCGGGCCCAAAGGGGCCCCAGGGCCUGCCUGGUUUCCCUGGUUUUCCUGGAGAAAGAGGACUUCCGGGCCCAGAGGGUCAGCCUGGAAGAAAGGGAGAAACUGGACAGAAGGGCUGGCCUGGCUUUGGGGGAGACCAAGGAGUAAGAGGCGCUAAAGGAGCAAGAGGACCUCCUGGAGCCGCAGGAGAAAUGGCCAUCAUUUCUAAAAAGGGGAUGGCUGGGGAACCUGGGCCUCCUGGAGAUAAUGGCUUCCCAGGAGCAAGAGGUGACAAAGGAAAUGCUGGGCUUCCGGGGAGAAGAGGAGAGCCCGGGCCACCUGGAGCACCUGGCCUUCAGAGAGGGGAGCCCGGGAGAAAUGGAGAACCUGGAUUUCCAGGACCCCCUGGCCCUCCGGGGUUCCCCGGGCUCAGAGGGAUCAUUGGUUUCCCAGGAUUCCCAGGUGAUCAGGGUGAACCCGGUUUCCCAGGCCCCCCUGGAUUCACAGGAAUUGAUGGAGGAAGAGGACCCAAAGGAAUCAAAGGUGACCCUGCCAGUCCGUAUGGUCUGCCUGGUCCAAAGGGUGAGCCCGGAAGCCCCGGAUGUCCAGGAUAUGCUGGAGCCCCUGGAGAGCGAGGACGACCUGGAGAUCAAGGGCUGAGAGGACCCCCUGGAAGACCAGGACCACCUGGCUCCUUGGGACCACCAGGGUGUCCAGGUGAACAGGGGCUUCCUGGGCUGCAGGGCCAUCCAGGAGAAAUGGGAGACCCUGGGCCAAGAGGCCUCCCAGGGGAUCCAGGCACACCAGGUCCUCCAGGAGUAAAAGGUCCCUCUGGUUCUCCUGGCCUGAAUGGCUUACAUGGUUUGAAGGGUGAGAAAGGAAACAAAGGUGCUUCAGGUUUGCAUGAAAUGGGCCCCCCUGGCCCCGUGGGAUUACCUGGGCUAAAAGGGGAGACAGGAGACCCCGGGAGGCCAGGGAUUUCUCCUCCAGGUCUUUUUGGUGAAAAAGGUCUCCCAGGUCCCCCAGGACCACCGGGGCCCCCUGGUCCUGCAGGUGCUCCAGGAAGAGCUCCGGAGGGUGACAUUCCUCAACAAGGCCCACCUGGAGAUCGAGGACCCCCUGGCCCUGAUGGUCCAAGAGGAGAACCCGGGUGUCCGGGCCCCCCUGGGAGUGUGGAUCUUCUGAAAGGGGAGCCUGGUGACCAUGGUUUACCAGGCCCUCCAGGCCUUCCAGGCCCUCCAGGUCCUCCCGGAUGCCAGGGUAUUCCAGGAUGCGAUGGAAAAGUUGGCCAGAAAGGACCAGUGGGAUUUCCAGGACCCCCAGGCCCACCUGGCUUUCCUGGACCACCUGGAGAGAAAGGUUUACCUGGACCCCCAGGCAGGAAAGGGCCCGUGGGUCCUCCAGGAUCCAGAGGUGAACCUGGCCCACCUGCAGAUGCGGAUGCCUGUCCCCGAAUCCCAGGGCUCCCUGGGGUGCCAGGCCCAAGAGGACCAGAAGGGCCUGUGGGACUCCCAGGACAGAGAGGCCCCCCAGGACAAGGAUGCAAAGGAAAGCCUGGGCUGGAUGGCAAGAGGGGCCAGGAUGGUGUCCCUGGGCCUCCUGGGCCUCCUGGACACAAAGGUGACCCUGGAGAGACUGGCUAUCCUGGAGCACCAGGCCCUCCUGGUCUGAUUGGCGAUCCUGGGCCCAAAGGGAUUGGCCCUGGAUAUCUCAGUGGCUUCCUCCUGGUUCUCCAUAGUCAGACAGACCAAGAACCUGCCUGCCCUGUGGGCAUGCCUCGGCUCUGGACUGGAUAUAGUCUGUUAUACAUGGAAGGGCAGGAGAAAGCCCAUAAUCAAGACCUUGGUCUGGCAGGGUCUUGCCUUCCCAUGUUCAGCACACUGCCCUUCGCCUACUGUAACAUCCACCAAGUGUGCCACUAUGCACGGAGAAACGACAGGUCCUACUGGCUGGCCAGCGCCGCCCCCCUUCCCAUGAUGCCAGUCUCCGAGGAAGAGAUUCGCCCGUACAUCAGCCGCUGCGCUGUGUGCGAGGCCCCGGCCCAGGCGGUGGCGGUGCACAGCCAGGAUCAGUCCAUUCCUCCGUGUCCGCGGGCCUGGAGGAGCCUCUGGAUCGGGUAUUCUUUCCUGAUGCACACAGGCGCUGGGGACCAAGGAGGAGGCCAGGCUCUCAUGUCCCCUGGCAGCUGCCUGGAGGAUUUCAGAGCCGCGCCAUUCCUGGAAUGCCAAGGCCGGCAAGGGACGUGCCACUUCUUUGCAAAUGAGUAUAGUUUCUGGCUGACGACGGUGAACCCAGAGACGCAGUUUACUUUGGCCCCAUCACCAGACACCUUAAAAGAAGGCCAGGCCCAGCGCCAGAAAAUCAGCAGGUGCCAAGUGUGUGUGAAGUACAGCUAGAGAAUGCAAAAUUCCUAUGCACCUACCAAGAGAAACUUCCUAGGGAGUGAAGACAUUCUGGGCUAUGCUAAGAGAUUCAAUGGUGCUCUUUGCAAAGGCUGCUGUCAGUUUGGCUCUUCCCAUAGCCCUCCAGCUCCUCCCUCUGUUCCUGACAGACACCACAAAUGCUGUAUGCUACACAGGUGGAAUGUGUUUGACCACAGCAAUCUAGAGGAACCCCACAUAUUAUUAUAUGAAGAAUGAUGGAAAAAUAGGCUUUCUGUGGUACCCCACUAAUUCUCAGGAAGACAAGGUGAUGAUAAUGACCAGAUUAUAAAUGGCAUUGGUUAAUUGCAUUUCAAACAAUUGAAGUCAAUUACUCUACAAUACAGCGGGCCUUCUGGAGAGAUUUGACAGGAAAAAUUAAAUGGGCCAACAAAUGAAAACUAGGUAGUCGAGCUUUUUAACAUUCUGAAAUGAUUUCCUCACUAAUCUCCUUUUUUGCCAUAAUUAUAAACAUGACCCAAAGAUAUUAAAAGAAAAAAAAGGAGACUAUAGAAUCCUCCAUACAGCCAGUGUUAAAAAUUCAUUUCAAAGCGAAAUGAAUCAUUACGGCAGGAAAGGCCCACAAGCUGCCUCUUUCCAGAGCUGUGACAUUAGCAUAAACACUUCACACAUGAAUAUAAAACAUUAUGUUCUCUUCUGCGUCUUUCAGAGACUCGAAAUGCCUACUUUGGCAAUCCUUUUGAAAAGUAGCAAUUAUGGAAAAAAAUAUAUUCAAUAAGGGAUCAGGGAGCCUAAAAGCUAUUAAUGAAUAUUAAAGUGGCGAUUCACAAAAAUUGACUCCCCAUGGCAGGGAACUUCCAAACAGACAGGCUUUCCCCUCAGUGGGGGUCCAGCAAGUCCUCAGUGCUAAUGGGACUGGAGCCCGCAUGGGGCUUCAGAGGGGGCACAGAGCAUCUCACGUCCCUCCCCAGGAAAGCCCGCAGAGCUCACAAUGGCCACUUUCCCUCCACGUGCAUAAUGGCUGCUCACACAGGACAUGACAGGGCUAUCAUUAUGCACUUGGGAGAAAAUGAAGGGCCGACUUAAUUAAACUUAGGUAAGAAGACUCAUUGAAGUCAGGGUCACCCCACCAGAAAGGCACGGGGGGCUACCUUUCAAAGACACAAAGACGACAUACAAUCCAAAUUGUAUGUUCCCAGAACUCAUUUUCACAGGAGCAUCCCCAUUUUGCCAAUUUUUAAAACAUGCAUUUACUUUCCCGCAGUAUAGCAGUAUAGCAGUGGUUUGACAUUUGGCCUUUGUAGUUUCAUGUAACUUUAGAAGUGAUGACACUGUGUAAGGAGAAUAUUUUCUGAAUGAUGAAAGAUCCGCUUUCUGUUUUUCCAGGAAUUAGUGUUCUAAUCCUACAAAUCAAAAUUUUUCCUAGAAAAGAUUUUUUUUUUGUGGGGGGGAGUUGGGGGCCAUACCUUCCUUAGCUCAACACAAUGUCAUUUUUGAAAAAAAAAUGUGAAGGAAUUUCUCCUGAGAAUAGCAGCAUUUUAGUGGUUAGUUUCAACAAUGCAGAGGGGAAAAAAGUUAAAUUAACUUUUCAUUUACAAGACAUGUUUUCCUGGCCAAAUUUUGAUUACUAAUGAGCUCUUUUAUGCAGAAUCCAUUUCCAGUGAUUUGUGCUAUGGGCACAAAUAUGGGAUGACAAUUUUAUUUUAAGAGAAGUUUCUGGUAACAACAACAACAACAACAAAAGAUACAUGUCUGUUUUAACAUGAAAUGUUUUCUUGAUGUAGCAGAAUAUCUCCUAGUUCACUCAACCCAUUUGAUUUUUUAAAUAUCAUGCGCUAUAUGUCAAAUAUCUUUGCGUACCCAAAAUUCAAGCCAAUUUCUACCUUAUUUGAAGUUACUCUUCUCUCUCCAGACACUCUACCACCAUAAGACAAGUUUUUGAAAGUUGAUAAAAAAUUAGUCUGAGAAUGUUCUCAGGGAAGAAAGUAGAGGUAAUAAAUGGGAAUAUCAGAAAUACAUCUUGCUUGCUAAAUUACCUUUAGUAUUAGAAUAUUAUCUGAACAAACAGGGUGCUGGAAGCUCACAUCUAUAAUCCUAGCUACUCAGGAUGCUGAAGUCUGGGGUUUCAAGAUUUCAGGUCAGCCAAGGCAGAGAAGGCCACAAGACUCCACCUCUAAAAUAAUCCACAAAAGGCUGGGCUGGUAGUGUGCCUAGGUAGGACCGUGCCAGCCAUGCAAGCAAAUCCAGGAAGCUCUAGGCCUUGAGCUCAACCCCAGUAUAGGCAAAUUACUACUACUACUACUACUACUACUACUACUACUACUACUAUAUUAACAAGCUUCAUACUUAAGUU